CUCUUUACUUCUUCACGCAGGUUGUGCGUCGCAUUUCUUUAGGUUCGUAAGUCAUGGAGGCUGUGAACGCGUCCCGCCCAGAUGUGAUUGGCAAGCUCCCGCAGCUGCAGAACAUGGUCAAGCGCGAUCCGGUGGGCUACCGCACCGAGUUCCUCAUGCAACUGCGCCACUUUGAGAGCGAGUAUCAGCUGUUCCUGCUGCAGCCGACGAAGGAGUCGGCACACUUUGGUGCGCUCGUGAGCUUCCUGAGCCAUGUAGCUAAGUGCUACCCUAAGGAGAUGGCAGCUUUUCCAGAGCAGAUCAUUGGGCUGCUACGCGACAAUUACCUGGUGCUGGAGCCGGAGCUUCGCAAGACGCUUGUGCAGAGUCUUAUGCUGCUGCGCAACCGUGGCCUUGUGGACGCCAUCACGCUUCUUAAGCUCUUCUUUGAGCUGUUCCGCUGUCCAGAUAAGCGGCUGCGCGAGCUACUGUACAAGCACAUUGUGUCAGACAUCCGCCAACUGAAUGCCACAUCGCGCAACGUAAAGGUAAACAAAGCUCUUCAGAACUUCUUGUUCGAGAUGCUUAAGGACGAGAGCGAGCACGCCGCCAUCAAGUCGCUGCAGCGCAGCGUAAAUGUUAUUGUUACGGCGUGUACAAGAAAGAACACGAAGCUGUUAGUGAUGGCUCUCAGUUUCUUUUUGGGAAUCGACGACGAUAUUUUGGAGGAUGAGGAGAAGCAGAAAAAAGAGAAGAAGGCUCUGGUGGCUGUGGACUUUCAUGCCCACUCAAAAAAGACAAAGAAGCGUCAGCGUGACACCCUGCAGGCGCUCAUAAAAAACAAGCGAGCACGCAAGCGGGAAAUCGACUUCAUGGCUACCUUCCCUGCGAUUGAAAUGCUAAAUGACCCACAGAGCGUUGCAGAGCGUCAGCUGAAGCUGCUCAAGAGCUGCACGGAGCGUUUCGAAGUGAAGCUCCUCAUGAUGAACUUCAUCGGUCGCGUUUUGGGCUUCCACAAGCUUGUGGUCCUUCCUUUCUACCCUUUGCUGCAGCGCUACUUGCAGUCUCACCAGCAGAAUGUCACUGCUAUCUUAGCGUAUUUGGUCCAAUCGUGUCACGACGAAAUUCCGCCGGAGGAACUCCUACCUAUUGUCAAAAGUAUUGCGCACAACUUUGUCACGGAGCGGUGUUCGUCCGAAGUGAUUGCUGUGGGUAUCAACUCUCUGCGUGAAUUGUUCCGUCGCGCUCCGCUGUUACUGGAAUGCGAAGGAAUAGACGUGCUAGUGAGCGAUUUGAUUCAGUACAACCGCGCACGCGACAAAACUAUCGUUAUGGCAGCACGUGGUGUGCUCAAUCUCAUUCGUGAUGUUCAUCCAGCUCUCCUCAAGCGGAAGGACCGCGGCAAGUUUCACAACGAUGCAGCUAAGCCUCAUCGCUUUGGUGAACUUGUGGCAAGCGAAGGCGUGGAUGGUGCGGAUCUGCUAGCGGAGGCUGAAGCAGCUGGACGCUUCGAUGGAGAAGACAACAAGGAUGGAUGGGAGGUGGCAUCGUCCACAUCGGAAGAUAAUUCUGAGGACGAGUGGGUCGACUUACCCCCUCAGAUUGAACAGAAGGACCGUUUGGACGCCCGUCGUAUCUUGACACCGCUCGAUUUUGAACGCAUUGAGAUGCUGAAGAAAGAGCGUGAUGCUGCCUUGAAGGAUCCGAAGUCACGCAGCAAGCGCAAGGCCGAGGAGGAUGCCGCAAAGGCAAGCUCGGAUGCCACGAAGGUAAACCCGACGGAUCUCGAGGGCUACUCGAAGAAGAAGCGCUUGACUCAGGAGGAACGUCUUUUUUUGAUAAAAAGAGCCGCAUGCUAA